UUGUUAUGAAUUUGGUAUUCCAAACUAAAUUUCAAUUUAUAUUCAAGGAGUACUCUUCCCAAGGUUCAAUUAUCUUUCCAAAGUUUGCUUCCAUUACCAUACAACAAUAAUUGAUGUCUUUAACCUCUCUUUUCAUUUUCUUGUUAAUCUGGACGAUGACAUCGACAAGUUCAUGUCAGCUUGAUUUGAUUCGAAUACUUCUUGGUCCUGCUCACAUCUAUGGAAUGCUCUAUUGCACUAUUGAUGGGAGUGUGAUCUAUGGAGAGAUAACUCCAACAUUCCCGAAUGCGGCGGUGCAAAUGCAAUGCGGAGUCGGAACGGUAGUUACAUCGGUUAAGACCGACGCCACUGGCAAUUUCUCCAUUUUUCUCGAUGCUCCUCGAUUGAUGCUCCUUUAUGUACUCACCAAUUGCACUCUCGUUGUCACUACGCCGCUUGUCGACUGCAACGCCGCCCUGCCAUCGUUCGGCACCCUCGUCUCGCCGCUGCAGCUCAUUGGAAAUACCUUCCAUGGACUCUUCAAUGUCACCAAUUUCAUUCCGGUAGGGUUCCGAUUCGUUCAUAGCAUUUGAGGAAAUUUCUUCUCUUGUUGCUGCUCUUACUUUUUAACUCACACUUGAAUAAACGAAGCACUUGAUCUCUAGAAUAAUGGUUGUUUGUGUUUGAUUUGAAAUAAUUUGAGGUUUUAUUUGUUGUGAUGAUGAACAAUGAUGUUGCCAAUGUGUUUUUGAGCCAAUAGUUUGGUUGAAUUAAUAAUAUUUGAAGGCAGCUCAAAUCGCACAUAAAUGGUAACGAACAUAAUCAAAUGAGAUCGAGAUUUAUUAUACUUUUUCCUAUCUAAAUUUGGCCUAAAUAAUUUCGAAUACUCGAAAAUUAAAUGUAAAUAC